AUGACCACCUUGGGCCUUGCGGGACGGCUCAACCGUGUUCCGGCCAGAGCCUGGAGAACCGCAAGAUCACCCCUUUUGUGGCAUUCUUUGAGGAAAAGGAGUUCUCUAGGAGGAAAGUCUGAACCUGCCAAACAAUCCCUUAAGAAGCCAAAGUUACCAGAAGGUCGUUUUGAUGUACCAGAAGGUUCCCAUUUAGAGAAAGAACCACUGGAAAAAUUUCCUGAUGAUGUUAAUCCUGUUACCAAAGAAAAGGGUGGACCCAGGGGCCCAGAGCCCACUCGAUAUGGAGAUUGGGAACCUAAAGGACGGUGUAUUGACUUUUAA